AUGAAGAAGAAAAGCAUAGCGACAGAUUGUAUGUACCUGCUUCUAAUUAUAGCAAAAGCUCUCUGGAUCGCCUUGUGCAACCAGUUUUUCGUGAAGUGUAAUCAGCGGGGAUCCUUAAUUUCAAGCUGCUGCCGCUAUGAAGCUGCUGGAAGAUUGAUAUUUAUACAGAGGGGCAGGAGAGAAGUGAUCGCAGAUGAAAAACCUCUAACCCUGACUAAUCCAUCUUUUUUUUGGGAAGUUGAAGAAAUCCAUUUAGAAUUCUUUCAAAUUGUAGAUGAGAAGAGAAUAAGACAAAAGCAAAAGCAAAGCAUGAGAGAAGAAGAAACGACGCCACGGAGUUAUGUGUGCUUCUUCGAACGGAACAAAUAG